AUGUUCAAGCGGAAACAACCUAACAAAGCCAAAUUAGAGCAUAAAUUGUAUUUGGCUCGGGAAAAUCCAGAACCAGUAUUCGAUUUAACCGACUGCGAACUGUACGAAGUACCGAGCGGCAUUUACUCGUUGUGCAGAGUAUUCCUGAAGCAAUCUCUCAAAUUAGAAAACAAUAAUCUAACCUCCCUAAAUGGAGGCGGUAACCUGAAGGAUUUGCACUCGUUGAAAACGUUGAAUUUAAGCAAUAACUCGUUCCACGAACUACCCGCCGGAAUCGCCUUCCUGACCAAUUUGCAAGAAUUGCACUUGUCCAAUAACCAAUUGAAAAAGCUUUGUGAUAGUAUCUGCCAGCUCAAGAAUCUGAAGAUACUCGACUUGUCCGAUAACCAUCUGAAAGCGUUACCAAACGGUAUUGGUAACCUUGAGAACUUGAGAAUAUGUCGCAUUAACAAUAACAAAAUACGUAUGCUGCCAAAAAGUAUACACAAAUGGAAGAAAAUCCGAGUUUUAGAGCUAGACACUGUUUUAUAUGAAUACCCUCCGGAGAAUAUCGUUACUCAGGGAUUAGAAUCUGUAAUGACCUUUAUUUGUAAUGACGUAGGUGUGCCAUAUAUUGCUGCCAAUUAUGAUGCAGAUGAAGAACUCGAUGCAAAUACUUCAUCUGUUAGUGAUACUACAGAUUCCGUGCAGCAAAAAAAAAUCAAAGAAUUUCUUGAAAUUGAGAGGCGCAAUGAAAUUCUUACCAGGCAAGAGCUUGAAUAUGCAAAUGCCUCUAAAGUACAAAGAGAUAAACUAUUAGCAAUAAUAACCCAACAACAAGAUCACAUCGAUAACGAACUGUACAAACUUCACCAAGAGAAGGAAUUCGACAGGUUCAAAUUAAUAGAACAGCUACAAGAAGCGGAAAAUACUGCGGAUAUCGCGAUUAAACAGCUACUAGUCAUAAGCAGGGAACCCUUAGGGCAGCUUUUGGAACAAGAGAGACUAGAGGAGGAGAAACUACUGAGUGCCAUAAAUCGAUACAACGAAACGUUACGUAAAGAAGAUAUUUUAUCGGCCAUGCAAGAAAUUUUGGCGCAGGAAGCCCUCAAAUUCAAAGAGUUCGAUCAAAACAGAAUGGAAGUAUCAAAGAGCAUAAUGGAGCAAGAAACGGAGAUAGAUUACAAACUGCUGGAAGUCCUGCAGAAUCAAGACGAGCACAAAGUAGAAUUGGUUAAUAAACUCAUAAUCGAUAACAAUUUGCAAAAGGCGGCCGUGGCUACUUUACUGGAACGAGGCGAUGCCAGGAGUUGGGGCUUAUUGCAGCAAAUUCGAUUCGUCGAAUCGCAAUUGGCAGCCCUCACUCGAUUAGAAAUCGACAGGAAGAAGCUUCAAAUGGACGAGCAUCUAAAUGAUCUGUGCGAUAAACGAUGCACUUUAUCAGUGUUGCUCGUGGAUUUGUUGGAGCAGCAAAAGCAAAGAAGAUCGCAGCUGAUAUCUACAAUGCAAAUGAUGGAAGAAAGCAAUAUCGAAAGCGAAGAAGAUUUCUGGCUGCGACAGUACCAAAGACUGCUCGAUAAAUUACCCGAAGGUUUAUCUCACGCACAAAAGAACAUCGAUCCGCUGUUAGCACAAUGCCUUCUUUUCAACGGCGUUAUUCACUGUUUGCCAUUUUUAGCUAAUCUAACUCAAUGCCAAAAAAAAAUCCAGUUCAUAAGCGAUGAAGAUUUGUUAAAAGCUGGCGUGUUGUGCGGCAACGAGCGCUUGAAAAUCCUCGAUGCUUUUCAAAUGUACGAAAACAAGCAGGAAGUGUGUGGUACUGUCAAUGAUACUUGCGCAAGCGCGCCUCCGCAGUUACCAGAAGAGGCCAGCGCUCCUGUUCCGGAGAAUAUGAAAACUAUUAAUAGCACCGAAUGUGUAAUAUGCCUGGAUAUGGAGUGCGAAAUUAUAUUUGUGCCGUGUGGACAUCUGUGUUGUUGCGGUAAUUGCGCUGUGCCUGUAAAGGAUUGUCCGUUGUGUCGGGGUAGUAUAGAGAGGAAAAUUACCCUAGUUUUAUAA